UCUCGCCUCGUCUCUCCCCCCUCGACCUCCUUUCUGACAGCGUCAGCCGAUGCCCGACGCGGCUCCGCGCGCAGCUGCCCGCACGCUCUUGUGGUGUCUCGUCGCCGCCGCCGGCGCCCGACGUGGCCGCGCCCAGCCCGGGCUGCUGCUGCGCGACGUGGGCGCGACCGGGCACGCGCACGGCGCCUCCGUUGGCUGGGCCUGGGCUGAGCUCGCGGCCGCUGGCGGGCACGCGGACUCCCUGUCGUGCCUCGAGGUGCGCCGCGGCGAAGGCUGCCUGGCCUGGGCGGGGCAGCAGAGUGAGCGCACCGUGCGCCGCUUCGGCGGCGCCGGGGCGGGCACCGGGCCGCCAGGGGCGACCUCCGAGGGCGUGCUGGCGGAGCUGGUGCCACAGCUGGUGACGCAUGGGCGCUACGUGUAUUCCCUAGUGGGUUCCCGGGCCGCGGCGGGCCAGUGGUCCCGGGCGCCGCUGGACUCGUUCAUGGCGGGCGACCCCCAGUGGGAGACCGUGUUCGACGUCGCCACCUGGAGCGACGCAGGCGGGCCCGGUCCCAGGCAGUGCAGGUGGCUGGGCUGCGACUUUGCCGCCGAGGCCGUGCCCCAGGACAGCACGGAGGCCCCGUCCUCCCAGAAGGGCGCGGAGCCCCCGUCCGACCUCUGCCUCAUGAGGGUGGCCUGCGGCCGGACGGGCGCCGUGCAGG